AUGGAAACCUUGCAAGCCCAAGCACCCCUCGUCCCAACAACGACAAUGCUGUCAGCCAAGAAGCAGUCCAUCGACGUUCCUUUUGCGAUGGCGGUGCCCGUGCCUCUGCCGCCGCCAGAGUCGUCUUCCCUUGCCAUGGUUGUACAAGGGUCGACGAACCAAGUCGUCGAGUUCCCACAGAACGCCGCUGGCUUGGAUGAUGCCACCCUCCAAACGCUCCAGAAACAAGGCUACAGUUUGGGCAUGGCAAAAUCUCUUGGCGAGGUUAAGAAAUCCUUUGCCAAGAGGAUAUUUAUAAUUGAUAACUCCGGUUCUAUGCAGCGCAACGAUGGGCAUCGCUUGGUCGACGUCAAUGGUCGAAACACCAUCAAGGUGGUGCCCUGUACUCGCUUCGAGGAGCUCAGAGACACAAUAAACUAUCACAUUCGCCUGACUGGUUUGAUCCAAGCUCCGACGAGCUUUCGUUUGCUCAACCACCCUGUAUUGGGCGACGCACAACAGAUCUUUGGUGUUGCCGAAGGCCACGAGCCCAACAAUGACACCAUCGCCGCGGAUAUCGAACGGGGAUUGAACAUCAUGAGACGAAUCAACCCCUACGGAUGUACUCCCCUGGUCGAUCAUAUUCGAUGUAUCCACCAGGAGGUAUUGGAAAUGGCACCAGAAUUGCGUGCCAGUGGACAACGAAUCUCUGUGACAAUCGCCACAGAUGGGCUUCCCAGUGACCCUUACGGCCGCGGCGGGCCCGAACACAAUCAAGCAUUCGUGGAUAGUUUGAGACAACUAGAAGGCCUCCCAGUGUGGCUUGUCAUUCGACUCUGCACAGACGAGGAUUCGGUUGUCGAGUACUAUAAUAGCUUGGACGAAAUGUUGGAAUUGUCGGUGGAAGUUCUGGACGAUUGUGUAGGAGAAGCAGAGGAGAUUCAUCGAAUCAAUCCAUGGCUCAACUAUGGCCUACCACUCCACCGGCUCCGAGAGGUUGGCUAUCAUGAUCGGGUACUGGACAUGCUAGACGAGAGGCCUCUGACUUUGAGCGAACUCCAGGUCUUUUGCCAUUUGCUGUUUGAUGGCGCCGAUGCCAUGGAAGGUAUUCCUGACCCCAGCGUCGACUGGAACGCAUUCCUGAAGGUACUCAAGCAGCUCAUGGCAACCGAAAAGCUUCAAUGGCAGAAUCCUAUAUCGAGGCGCAUGGAGCCUUGGCUGGACAUCAAGAUGCUCGACUUCCUUUAUGGCGAUUCCUGCAACCACUUGCCGUGCCACCCACUGCAAAUCUUCCAGUGGUUUCAGUGCAUGACCUUGCCGCUGACGACUGGAACCGGUGGUGGAUUUAGAAGGUAG